AUGUCCAAUGUUUUAGGUGGAUUCGAUAAGCUCUUGAAAGAAAAUGUUGAGUACUUGGAGGAGCUCAGAAGUUUAGCAGAAAAGGAAGGUGUGUCCAAUCAGGAUAACUUCAUCACAUCUUGCUCAACAGCUGAAAGAAAUGCACUUCUCUCCCAGUGCCUAUGUGUCCUUCCAAGGGUCCAAAUUACACGAGUUGGUUCCGUUUGA